AUGUCACUGCAGGAUCCUAAGAAUCCACUUCCACCAGGCAACAGAGUGGGUUAUGGAGGUGUCGAUUACGCGGAAAGACUUUGGUUUGCGACGACCAACGAUAAUCCAAAAAAUCAGGCGGAGAAUUUCGGCAGUGUUUACAGUUUGGAUCAGAACAAGGAACUUGUAACAAAACUUUCGGAACUUCCUUCAGUCACUGGUGGAUUCGUAUGGAACAUUCCUCGUACGAGACCAAGCAAACGACGUUUACUGCCUCACAAAUUCUAUUACGCCGAUCCUCUAAACCAUGAUAUUAUAGAAUACAAUUUUUUUAUGCAAACUUUAAAGCUUGAAAGAAUUGAAGUAGUCCAUCGCUUGCCAAAACAUCAAGUAACCGGCAAUCCUGGUCGUAUUGCAAUUGACUCAGACGGUUAUCUCUGGGUGCCCCUUUUGGGAGGUCAUAAAAUCAUUCAAUAUGAUCCAUUUCAAGAAAAGGUGCUUCAAACGUUUCACAUGCCCGCAGCUAAAGUAGGAGGAUGCACUUUUGGAGGUCCAGGCUUGAGUGUUUUAUAUGUAUCAACAAUAGGAUAUCGAGAAAAUGAAGUUCGCCCACCAGGCGAUGAAGGUGGUUAUAUUUACGCUAUCCACAACCUGCGCGUGACGGGAUUGCCGACAAGAGAGUAUUGCCUGCAUAAAGAUAUAAUAUUAAAGGCCUCUAUAUCGUUAGAAGAAAUAUCUGUCAGGCGAAUUGGUAGAAAGCCCAAGGCCUCUCUUAAUAAGGGAAGUUCCCUUGACAUUGAUCUGAAUCGCUCUUUCGUUGAAUAA